ACCGCGAUUCCGCACCGCCUUCACGCCUAUCUCGACCUUUUCACCCACUGCCGUCAUGUUCCACGACUUGCACGUCCCCUGGACGGAUGCGACGCGCGAACUGCAGCGCACCGUGGCCUUUCUCGACGAAUGAUACGAUGUAAUUGCUCUCACGCACACGUAUUCCGGAAAACUGCCCUCAGAUAUUAGCUCGCCGAUACCGACGAAACUCCCCUUCCCCACACCCGCCCACAUGCGUAUACUGCGCCGUUGCAACAUCUUCCUAACCGACGCCGCCUCCAACUUUCGUAUCCCUCAGCUGCAGCAGCAAUACGACCUCGUUGCUGCCCGGCCAACCGACGAGCGUACCCUCCAACAAGCAUGCCAGAGUCUAGAUGUAGAUAUAAUCUCGCUGGACCUGACUCGCCGAUUUGAAACCCAUUUCAAAUUCCCCAUGCUGGGCACGGCCAUCUCCCGUGGUAUCAAGAUCGAGCUAUGCUACAGUCAGGGCAUCAUGUCGAGCGAUCCCUCUGCCAAGCGCAACUUGAUUAGCAAUGCGACACAGAUCAUACGUGUAACCAGAGGUCGGGGCCUUAUAUUCAGUUCUGAAGCAAAGAGCGUACUAGGCAUCCGGGCACCGAGCGACAUCAUCAAUUUGGCCUCUGUAUGGGGGCUCGGAACGGAGAGGGGAAAGGACGGUCUCACCAAAGAACCAAGGAGCGUCGUCGAGUUUGCGCGACUAAAGCGAAAGAGCUUCAAGGGCAUAAUCGACAUUGUCUACGGCGGCGACAAACCGCCCGAGAGGCCAGUGGCCGAGGCGAAGGACAAGCAAGGCCAAAAGGACAAGGCCAACAAGAAUCAGAACGGCAAGCGUCCGGGUGAAAACUUGGAAGGAGCGCCCGUACAUGAGACGAAAAUGGACAAACCCAUCUCGAAGCGCCAGCAAGCGAAGAACAAAAAGGCCAAAAUGCAAGAAGCUGGCCAGGAGGUGCCUGCCUGA